AUGAACUUCAUUAAGAAGUGUUGGGGAGAAAUUGGGUCUGACUUCACUAAGGUUGUCAUGGAUUUCUUUCAGUCAACAGAACUACUAAGAGAUUCUAAUGUUAUUUGGGUGGCGCUAGCUCCAAAGUUUGUUGGAGCUAGGGAGAUCAAAGAUCUUUGGCCGAUUAGCAUGAUAGGAUGUGUGUAUAAGGUCAUAUCGAAGGUGCUAGUUUGGAGAAUGCGAAGGAAGAUGGGGUUUGGGCAAAGAUGGAGAGGGUGGAUUAAGGAAUGUGUUUGCACGGCGUCAAUGUCGGUUCUGAUAAGUGAGUUGCCUUCUAAAUCCUUUAAGAUGGAACGGGGCUUAAGACAAGGUAAUCUUCUUUCUCCAUUCCUGUUUGUUCUUGUUGUUGAUGUCCUUCAUAGGAUGGAAGAGGAGACUGUCAGGAACUACAAGUGGCUUCUGCGGUGUUUUGAGAUGAUGACUAAUCUGAGUAUUAAUUUUGAUAAAUCUAGCUUGAUUCCAGUUAAUUGUGAGCAGGAGUGGGUACAAAGAACGUGUAGAGUACUGAUAGUUAGUACUGGUACCGCAUAUAAAACAUCAUUUGACUAUGUGGAAGGAAUAAUGAAGGACUAA